AUGGGCUCACUGGUGGCCAAGCUCCUUCUGCCCACCAUCAGCACCUUGGUCUUCCUCCCCACCAUCAGCAUCGCAGCCAAGCGGCGCUUCCACAUGGAAGCCAUGGUCUACUUCUUCACCAUGUUCUUUGUGGCGAUUUACCAUGCAUGUGAUGGCCCCGGCUUAUCAGUGCUGUGCUUCAUGCGCUACGACAUGCUGGAGUACUUCAGCAUCUAUGGGACAGCUCUGUCCAUCUGGGUGUCCCUCAUGGCCCUGGCAGAGUUUGAUGAACCGAAGAGAUCGACCUUUGUCAUGUUUGGUGUCCUCACCAUCGCCGUGAGGAUCUACCAUGACCGCUGGGGCUACGGUGUCUACUCAGGACCCAUUGGGACGGCCGUGCUGGUGAUAACCAUGAAAUGGCUACAAAAGAUGAAAGAGAAGAAAGGGCUCUAUCCAGACAAGAGCGUCUACACCCAGCAGAUCGGCCCUGGCUUCUGUUUUGGGGCAUUAGCACUGAUGCUGAGGUUCUUCUUUGAGGAGUGGGAUUACACCUACGUGCACAGCUUCUACCACUGCGCCUUGGCCAUGGCCUUCGUGCUGCUGCUGCCUAAGGAGAACAAGAAGGCUGGGACCGGCGGGACCCCCGCCAGGCUCGACUGCUCCACACUCUGCUGCUGUGUCUGAGGUGUCUGGCUGAGCAGGGCAGUGGCUGUUCUGCUCCUGAGGCCAUGGAGGGGCACAGCCAAAUGCCCACUGCAUUUUCCUGUGGGACAUGGGCAUCUUUUCCCACCAGGUCUGGGCACACCCUGAGAUUUCCUUCUCUGGAAGGUCUUCACCUUUCCACAGUCGGCCCUAGCAGAUGUCGG